AUGUCGACUACAACGUGGCAGCCAGACAGCGCUGUCUCGGCGUGUGUCCUCUGCGACACGCCCUUCACGAUUUUCAACCGUCGUCACCACUGCAGAAAGUGUGGAAGAGUGGUGUGUGGCUCAUGCUCCAGUCAGAAGGUAAAAUGGUUCCCAGGAUCCCGAGUUCUACGCCCUGAAGGUCGUCUGGUGCGUGCUGAAGAAGGAGAAACUUAUCGAACGUGUGACGAGUGUGUGGAGGAGAUCCAGAUGAUCAGAAGAGCUCUUUUUGAGCCUCCAGCGGAACUGGCUCCUGAGAACGAAGAGGCAGAAUCUACACAGAAUGUGUCUGUGGCAAAUACUCGAGAGGAAAGUCCACCGUUGGGGAACUUGGUGGGUUCAGAGAAUAACGACGAAAACUUGUGCCCCAUCUGUGGAACAAACCUUCUUAAAGCAUAUGUCAAGAAAACACGCCAUGAGCAUAAGGAAACAUCCCACACUGAGUACGAGCAGUAUAAAGAGUUCCAUAUAAGCGACUGCUUGGUGCAGUUUGACUUUAGCGGGUCCCACCAGCGGCUCAUGCUGCCUCCGAACGCCCUGCUGUCGGUGGCCAGAAAUAGAAUGUUGGUGUAUCACGUUCCGCCACUCCCACAGCCCACUUACGAGUUUAUUGAUGAGCUGAACAGCACAAAGGAUGGAGAAGGCGACGGCAACGGCAACGGCAACGGCGAGGGCAAGGAGGAUCCACCGAUUGGCUCGGUGAACUCGGUAACAGAGUAUAAAGAAAAAGACGAGUUUGAGCCCGAGUGUGUGAUUUGCCUCGAGGAGCUUCGCCCUGGCGAUAAGGUGGGCCGCCUCGAGUGUCUUUGCGUUUUUCAUUACAAGUGCAUUAAGGACUGGUUUAACAAGAAGGGCUAUGGCGAGUGCCCUGUGCAUUUUCUGCACCAUUAA